AUGACGCUUAAGUAUCAGAAGGGAAUUCUAAACUGCCUGAUUGGUCAGAUUUAUGCUAAUUGUUCCAACUUGAAGAAAAGAUUGAAAGAAACUUUUGAUAGUAUGCAUAGAUUAUUACCAGCUAAUAUAGUUGAAGAAUGUAGAAAUAGAGUCAAAAGUGUAGAUGCAAGUAGUUUAGUUAAAAUUGAUAAAAAUAAUGCUAGAUUCACAAAUUUGAUCUGUCAACAGGGUAAUGUACAACAACUUUACUUGAAUUUACACAGUCACUUGUAUCUAGAAUUAAAGGAUCCCUGGUUGAUUAAUAUAUCGGGCAUAAGAGUAAGUCCUGAUAGUGUUCUAGAUAUAUUGAGACUGGGGGGUGGUUUUAGUAAUGAGUUUGGGGAGAAAAAAUCAGAUCAGGUUAUUAACAUGGUGAAGUGUCUUGAAAACAAUAUGGAAAAAAUAGAUGAUCUAGAGGACAGACGGAAUGUUAGGAGAAAGUUCCUUAUAUUGUCAGUCGAGUUGAUCCGGAAGAAUAGGAGUACUACUGUGUUGAGUAAUAAGUUGAGUAGGGGACUUGCGUUGACCAGAGAAUUUUUGAGUAAUAAUGCAGAGAUAUUGAUAACAAAGGCAGAUAAGGGCAAUAUAACGGUACUAAUUAAUAGAGAUAGUAAUAAUGAAAAAAUAGAGGCAAUUUUUUGCGAUAAAAAUAGCUUCAUGUUGGUAGAGAGAGAUCCGUUGAAGACUUCUCAAAAAGCAACUUUUUUAUUACUUAAGAGGUGGCGAGAUAAGAAGUAUUUGGGUAAAAAGGCAGAUGUAGGGACUGUUAAUAUAAAUAGUACAAAUUUGGCACUAGCCUAUAGUUUAGUAAAAAUACAUAAGGAGGGCUUCCCCUUGCGUCCUGUAAUAUCGACAGUAAACAAACCCACUAGGAAACUUGAGGAAUUUAUACUGAGUAUUCUAAAAAAAUCAAUAGAUGCACCGAGAUUUUCGAUUAAAAAUAGCUUGGAAUUUAUAAGUAAGAUUCCAGAUUUUCAAGUUCCGUCAGACAGUGUAUUUGUUUCUUUUGAUGUGGUGGCCAUGUACCCAAACAUACCAAUGACUAAAGUAUUGGUGGUCUCACCGAUCUUCGCCGAUAUGGUCAUGGAGGACAUAGAGUUGGAGGUUUUGAAGAGUUUCAGCGCGAUUAUAAUUAUGAUGUACCAUUCUAUGUUCAUUACGUUAAUGACUCUUUUAUUUAUCUUGAUCGAGAUAAAGUUCAACAAGUUUUAG